AUGGCCGCGGCGGUGGCGGUGGCGGCCGCGUCCCGGCGCCAGUCGUGCUACCUGUGUGACCUGCCCCGCAUGCCCUGGGCCAUGCUCUGGGACUUCACGGAGCCCGUGUGCCGCGGCUGCGUCAACUACGAGGGCGCCGACCGCGUGGAGCUGGUCAUCGAGGCGGCGCGGCAGCUGAAGCGGGCGCACGGCUGCUGCCCCGAGGGCCGCUCCCCGCCCGGCGCGCCGGUGCCCGCCGCGGGGGCCCCGGCCGCCGCCGCCGCCGCCGCCUCCGCCGCCGCCGCUUCCAAGCCGCCGCCGCCGCUGUCGGCCAAGGACCUGCUGCUGCAGCCGCCGCAGCUCGGCCCCGAGGCGGCCGCCGCGCGCGCCCCGCAGGCGCUGGAGCGCUACCCGCUGGCGGCCGAGCGCCCGCCGCCGCGCCUGGGCCUCGGCCCCGCGGACUUCGCCGGCUCCGGGGCCUCCCGCUCGGCCGCGGGCCUGGCCCCGCCGCCGCCGCCGGGGACGGUGAACGGCAUCCUGGUGCCCAACGGCUUCGCCAAACUGGAGGAGCCGCCCGAGCUGAGCCGCCAGAGCCCCACGCCGCGCCGCGGCCACGCCGCGCCGCCCACGCUGGUGCCGCUGGUGAACGGCGCGGCCGCGCUGGGGCUCGGGGGCCGCGCCGCCUCCGCCGCUGCCGCCGCCGCCGCCGCCGCCGCGCUGGUCGCCGUGUCCGGGCCCGCGGCCGGCGGCCUGGGAGCCGCCGAGCUGGCCGUGCACAAGCGGCCCGCGUCCGUGUCCGGCGAGCACGAGCCCCGCGAGGCCGCGGCUGCAGCUGCAGCUGCAGCGGCUGCAAAGGAGAAGGCGCCGCCGCCGCCCGCGCACCGCGGCCCCGCCGACGGCCUGGGGCCCGCCGGGGCCGGGCCCGCCGAGCUGGGGGCCGAGGCUGCAGCCGCGGGCAAGGGCCGCGCGCCCCCCGGGGACCAGGACUGGGUGUCGCGGCCCAAGACGGUGCGGGACACGCUGCUGGCGCUGCACCAGCACGGCCACGCGGCCGCCUUCGAGGGCAAGUUCAAGAAGGAGCCGCCGCUGAGCGCAGGCAGGUUGCUGGGGUUCGAGGCCGGCGGGGCCAGCGGGUCGAAAGCAGUGGCCAGAACAGCGAGGAAAAGGAAGCCCUCCCCGGAGCCAGAAGGGGACGUGGGGCCCCCAAAGAUCAACGGCGAGGCCCAGGCGUGGCUGUCCACGUCGGACGGGCUCAAGAUCCCCCUGAACUCCGCCGCCUCCUCCUCCUCCUCCUUCGUGUCCCCGCCGCCGCCCACCGCCUCGCCCCAUUCCAGCCGCACCACCACGCCGCCCGACGCCGCCACGGCCGCCCAGAACGGCCAGUCGCCCAUGGCCGCCCUCAUCCUGGUGGCGGACAACGCGGGGGGCAGCGGCCACCCCAAAGAUGCCAGCCAGGUCCACUCCAGCAGCGCCCGCCGGAACAGCAGCAGCCCGCCCUCGCCGUCCGCCGUGAACCAGAGAAGGCUGGGGGGCCCCCGGGAGGCGGGGGGCCAGGGCCCGGGCGGCACCGGCGGGGGCGGACUGGAGCCCGCGCACCCCGCCAGCCUCCCGGACUCCUCGCUGGCGGCCAGCGCCCCGCUGUGCUGCACCCUGUGCCACGAGCGGCUGGAGGACACGCACUUUGUGCAGUGCCCCUCGGUGCCCUCCCACAAGUUCUGCUUCCCCUGCUCCAGACAGAGCAUCAAGCAGCAGGGCGCCAGCGGCGAGGUGUACUGCCCCAGCGGGGAGAAGUGCCCGCUGGUGGGCUCCAACGUGCCCUGGGCCUUCAUGCAGGGCGAGAUCGCCACCAUCCUGGCCGGCGACGUGAAAGUGAAAAAGGAGCGGGACUCUUGA